GUUCCUGACAGCAAUGAAAGGAAAGUUGCUGCUGAGUUUCCGUCAAGCUGCUCUCUUUACUUCAGUCUGAGGACUGCAGGUGUAAAAAGUUUGUACAAUAACUCAGUUUGGAUUGAAGAGGAAAAUGCGUCGCCAUCAAACACACAAAUGGUCAUACAGGAAGGAAGUGGACUUUAUUCGACUCUUCUGCUCUGACUGUUGUGUUUAAGAGAAGUGUUAAGUUCAGGAAUAAAACGGUCCAAUUUUGUCUACUUCUGUUAACAAAAUGACAAGUACAGCAAACUACCUUUGGUCCCAGGAGGAUAUUCUUGGUCAGGGGGCGACAGCAAACGUCUAUAAAGCACGAAACAAAAAAACUGGAGAACUGGUUGCUGUGAAGGUGUUCAACCUGGUGAGCUACAACAGGCCGUACGAAGUUCAGAUGAGGGAGUUUGAGGUGCUGCAGCUGCUCAAUCACGUCAAUAUUGUUAAACUCUUCGCUGUGGAGGAGAUUAUAUCGAACCCAAAGCAGAAGAUUCUUGUCAUGGAGUAUUGCUCAGGUGGAAGUUUACUGAACAUGCUGGAGCAGCCUGAGCAUGCGUUUGGACUUCCUGAGUCCGAGUUCCUCAUUGUAUUGCAUUGUGUGGCUCAUGGAAUGAACCACCUCCGGGAAAAUAGUGUGGUGCAUAGGGACAUCAAACCUGGGAAUAUCAUGAGGCAAGUGGGUGAGGACGGGCGCUCCGUGUACAAGCUAGCAGACUUUGGUGCCGCUCGUGAGUUGGAAGAUGAUGAGAAGUUUGUGUCCAUAUAUGGCACAGAGGAAUAUCUGCAUCCGCACAUGUACGAGCGAGCUGUGCUGCGUAUUCCCCAGCAGAAAGCAUAUGGCGUGUCUGUGGAUCUGUGGAGCAUUGGUGUCACCAUUUACCACAUGGCUACUGGUAGUCUUCCAUUUAGACCAUUUGGAGGACCGCGCAAAAACAAGCAGAUGAUGCACAAGAUCACUACAGAAAAACCAGCAGGAACAAUAGCUGGUGUACAGAAGGAGGAAGACGGACCCAUUGAAUGGAGAGACAAACUGCCACUCUCCUGCCAACUAUCAGAAGGUUUGAAGACCCAGUUGGUCCCGGUGUUGGCCAACAUACUGCUGGCUGACGAUGAGAAGUGUUGGAAAUUUCCCCAGUUCUUUAGUGCCACUAAUGACAUCCUGAAUCGCAUCACCAUCUACAUCUUCUCUCUUCAGCAGGCCACAACAUACAGCAUCUACAUACAAUUCCACAACACGGUCUCAAUCUUUUUUGAGGAUGUUCAGGCCCAAACUGGAAUUGAACCUGCGGCUCAACAGUAUUUAUUUCAAGGCCAUCCUCUCAUAUUAGAUCCAAGCAUGAAAGUAGUGAACAUUCCCCAUACCAGCUCAGAUAAGCCCAUGAUUCUGAUCAGCCGGCGACUGGAAAGGAUAAUUGGAUAUCCCUUCGAAGAACCUGAAUCCCCUCCAAUGCCUGGAAAGUUUGACGUCGUUGCAGAUUUUGUUUUCACCAAGACCAUUGUCAAGGUCAUUCAUCAGUACCUGCGGAUUGCUUAUUCGCUGCAGGAAUACAGGCAAUUUAUUCUGCAGGGCUUCAAUAGCUACAUUGAACAAACAAGCUCUGAAGUCAUUGAUGUGACGCACAGGAUUUCUAAAGUGAAAAUGAAGCUGCAUUCUUCUAUCAGCACAGAGAAAACUCUCCACGUCUUCACUCAGACUUUUGCACAUGAGUUUCCAGACUUUAUAGACAGUAAGAAGAAAUUCCCACUGAUUGAAGCGGAAUUGCAGCAGAUGUGCGGCAGGGGAAUCAGAGAAUUUCAGAAUAUACUGCAGUAUCUGCGUGUGACACUGUCUAAACACUCAGAGACACUGGCCAAUGAUAAGAGCAUUCAGAAGAUGGAGGUUUUGUUGUCGCAGAUUGUUGAUGUACAUUUCCAGUACUUCAGGGACAGACAGACAAGAAAGCUCGGCUAUAAUGACGAACAGAUUCACAAGUUUGAGAAGUUGAAUCUGUCUUCAUACUUAAAGAAGUUCAAGAGUUUAUUCAAGGAUGACUGUUUUCAGAAGUACCUGGAUGUUCUGAAUACCACAGACAGGUGUAGCAGGGCUCUGUAUGACAUGCAGACACAUCUAGACAAAUUCAGAGAUACUUUGCUGCAGAGAAUUCAGGAUUUGAAGGCACAUGAGAUCCUGCAGAACAAGGUUCUGGAAAGAGUUGUGCAUCGAGCUGUCCAGCAGCCAGUUAAAGCCGAGGUGGUGGAUGGAAAGAAAAAAGAAGAGCACAUGAUUCUCAAAAUGACCAGAUUAAAGAGUGAGAUGGAGGCUGUGGCAUGGGAACUACAGAAAAACAACAAUAUGAUAGAAAGCCUUUCAGUUGUCACCCCUACCAUGCCAGUGGAGAAAAAAAACCCUCAAACCAACAGACCGUGAAGACCUCAAAAGAAUACAGACUGCACCAAAAUAUUUAUAUUCACAAAGCCCAGAUCUCUGAGCUAAACGAAAA